AUGUCUCAUAACAAUCAACUGAUUGCAGCAGCUGCUGGAGCAGUCACUUUGACAGGAUUGGUGGCAAUGGGUCUUAAACGACCACAUCCUUAUGGACAGACUGUGGAGGUCGGAAACAAGGUAGUUGGCGAAGGCAGAGCCAGAAGAAAUGUAUUUGCAGAGAAGGAGUUGGUCGACCACAUUCCCGAGGAGCAGGUCUACACCAUCUACGACUCAUUCAUUGCCGCCACUCAAAAGUUCCGAAACAAGCAAUGCUUUGGUCAGAGGAAUGUUGGAAGCAAUGGAGAGCUGAACGAACACUUUGACUUCAUCACCUACGGCGAGUUUGCUGGUCACUGUGAGACACUCUUCCAAGGUCUCUGUGAGCUUGGUCUCAAGCCUAAAAGUAGAAUAGGAGUAUUCAGUCGCAAUAGAAUUGAAUGGUUGAUAACUCAGUACGCUUGUUACUUGCAGAACAAUAUUAUUGUGUCGUUCUACGAGACGCUUGGAGUGGACUCUCUGGCAUUCGUCAGCAAGCAUGCAGAGAUUGAGUUGGCCUUCUGCUCCAAGGAGACACUGUCCAAGAUGAAGGAGUUGGCACUCAAAGUGCGUGCACUCCGCACCAUCAUCUGUUACGACAACGUGCCAGACAGUGUUCGCGAGGACUUCAGAGACAACAACAUCAACCUAUACACCCUCGACCAGAUCUACGCCAUCGGCAAGCUGGCCAAGAUCAAGCAUAGACAUGUGCCACCAACAGCCGACGACUUGUGCACGAUUAUGUACACUAGUGGAACGACUGGCGACCCAAAGGGAGUGAUGAUCACACAUAGGAACGUCAUUGCCGUGGUCAAUGCCGUGAAGAAAUACAUCGACUAUAUCAAUGAAACAGACGCACACUACUCCUAUCUGCCCUAUGCACACAUCAUGGAGCGCAUCAUCGUCUUCUUGGCCUACCACUAUGGCGGUCGCAUCGGCAUCUUCUGUGGCGACAUCACCAAGAUCCUACCCGAGAUCAAGAUACUGCGUCCAACACUCUUUGUCGGUGUGCCGCGUGUGUUUGAGCGUAUCAAGGCUGGCGUGUUCAAGGAGAUCUCCAAGCAGCGUCCACUGCGUCGCUCAAUCUUCAUGCUGGCCUACAAACUCAAGUACUUGUCCAUCCUGUACGGCUUCAAGAUGCCCCUUCUCGAGGCCUUCCUAAACUUCCUUGUCUUUGCCAAGCUAAAGUUGGCACUUGGUGGACAAGUCCGUGUUAUCCUGUCUGGCAGUGCACCUCUCUCCGCUGACACAGAGAUCUUCCUCAGAGUUUGCUUCUCCUGUGUUGUAGUACAAGGAUAUGGUCUGACUGAGACAUGUGGAGGCACUGCCGUCAAGCUCCUGCAAGACUCUAGUGUUGGCAGUCUUGGACCACCCUUUGUCUCUGUUGAGGCCAAGUUGGUGGAUGUACCAGAGCUCAACUAUUACACAACCUCCAACCCACCAUGCGGAGAGGUGCACUUGAGAGGACCAUCAGUCGCCAUCGGUUACUUCAAAGAUGAUGCCAAGACACAACAAGACUUCAAAGAUGGAUGGUUCGCAACAGGUGACAUUGGAAGAUGGAAUCGUGAUGGAUCAUUGAGCAUCAUUGAUAGGAAGAAGAACAUAUUCAAGCUGUCACAGGGAGAGUAUGUGGCCGUCGAGAGGGUCGAGGGCGCAUUGCUCAACAGCCAGUGGGUGGCCCAGGUGUUCAUCUAUGGCGACUCUCAAAAAGCCAACCUGGUGGCCAUCGUCCACCCGCAUCCAGACAAGGUGGAGGAGUGGGCCAAGCUCAAGGGCAUCGUGGCCAGCUUCGAGCAGCUGUGCAGCAACCGUGAGCUCAACCAAAUUGUGCUGAAGGACAUGGAGAGCACUGCCCGCCAGACCAAACUGUUUGGCUUUGAGAUCCCCAAGAGAGUGCACCUCAUCUCCGAGGCCUUCAGUGAUGUGAACGGUCUAUUGACGCCAUCAUUCAAGCUCAAGAGACAACAGAUCAAGGAUCGCUACAAGCAUGCCAUCGAUGACAUGUACCGCAACUUGGACUAG